AAUAUGAUUAACGCAGAAGAACACAACCAAUGGCACGCAAUCAACAGCCUUUUUUAUUUAAAUCUCUCGCAUGCCAAAUUUCACGUGGUGUAAACCUUCGUCAUAAAAGCUAUUAAAGUGACAUACUGCACUAUAUCAACAGAUGAGCACAGAGAACCGAAUAUGUUGGCUAGACAGUGCUUGUGAUUUAUAUACUUUCUAGACUAGACUAGAGCAAUUAUUAAAUAUCUUUCUUGUUCCCCCUUUUUUGUUACAUAUACAUGGCUAAAAUGUGCCUAAUAUUUCUAUAGGCUAAUGAAAUAAUACCGGCAUUUAAAAAAAUAAUUUUCAUUAGGCUAUUUUUGGUGCCCCCUCAGCACUUGGUGCCCUACCCACAGUGCGUGAUGCGCGUGGUGGGAGCGGCGGCGCUGUUUAUAUAUUAACUUUAAUUUUAAGUGUAAUUGUUUUUUACAGGCUAUCAACCACACAUGACUGCCUCAGCGUAUAUUGUAUAAGCUUUAUAUGCAUUAAUGAGACUAUCCUGAUAGCACACAUACUUCUUGUAGACGUCUAUUUGAUGUGUGUUUAUGUCUGGAAGAUGUAUUUUUUAGAUGUAUUUUUUAGAGUGUUUGCUCAUCUGCAAUACAACUAUAGGACAUUUAGAAGAUGUCUUUAAGAUGUUUAUGAUUUGGAAAGUAUGUAAAACGGAUAUCUUAAAGAUGUCUAUCAGAUGUUUGUAAACAGCAGAUGGUUUCCAGAUGAAGUGAUCUUUAACAGACGUCUUGCAGACAUACGUAUGCUAUCUGGGUGACCUUGUAUAUGCAUUAAAAUAAAGGAAAUGUGUUAAUCUGAAAUGAUGACUCUGAAGACUUUAUAAUCAUUUUAUUGACCACAGACACUGUAGCCACAACCUGAUGGUAAAACUAAAACAAAUCAAGUGACCAGCAGAUUCAUCAAAUAGAAUAGCGAAUGUUAGCAAAUAAUAGUUAUGGCUAGGAGUGAGUGGAAGUAGAUUGCUUGGAGCUUUUUACAACGGGCUAGCAAGCACAUUCAUGCAAAAGAAACGUUAAAAACAACUGUUAGUUUACAAUAAUACACAUUCAUAUACAAGACAUAUCUCAUUGUUUUUCUGGAAAUCUCCCACUCGAUUUGAUCAAAUCAGGUAAAGAGGUUGAAAAACACCUAUUCCCAUAUGACAACACCCCAAAAUUGGGAAAUGCCCCUUUUUGUUCCGCAGAGACCUCCUUCUCUGGCAGGUCGCAGCGCUACUUCCGGCGACAUUCCCAGAUGCCACAGCAGCUGUCAGAGUUUGUGAGAGCUUCCCACGGUAUUUCUCGCCAUUUCUGCUGUUGGCUUGUAAAAACUACACUGUUCUUAGAGGCGUGUGGUGGUGUUUUAUAUCGAGUUUGACCUAAAUCAAGUGCCAUCUGUUUUGGAAGAGAAAGCUCAACUGGAUUUGUUAAAAGGGGGGUGGGGGGUUAAUGUUGUUAAGACAAUAUAUACAAAUUCACCAGGUCACAUAAUAUUUUUUGUAAGAAGAGUGAAUUGUUAUGUAGUCAAACCCAAGAGGCAUGUGCCCUCUCAGAUUUAUGAGGUGAAUUUAAUUUAAAUGCACUGCAGCUAAAAAGACAAUCAUUAUAUAUCAGAGCUGCCAACUCUCACGCUUUCGCCGUGUGACACACGGUUUUGCCUGUUUUCACACGCACUCACGCCACACAUCACAUUUCUCACGCAAAAAAAAUAAAUAAAAAAAAAUCUAAUCUUGAGGCGAGAAUCGCUGAAUCGCUCGUUCCUUUUCAAACUCCCCAACAACAGAUGGCGCUACUAAGCGUCCCUGAACCCUAUGCACUGCACCUUGAAGCAAGUAACAGAAGAAGAAGAUACAAGAAAGACAGCGGGGAAAACCAGGGAAAACUACUGCGAGGAGACGACUGGUGAUGAAAAUCUGAGCUCAGCUGAGACUAGGUAUGUUACAAUGAAAUGUCAUCCUUGAGUACUUACGCUCUUAAACUUUACAUCUUGAAUUAAAUAAUUUGCUUGUGUGUUCGUUUGUGAACAUGAGUGAAUCAGCUGUCAUAGCAGGAGAGCACCUUGUUAACCUCAUAGUAUAGGCUGCUGCAUGUUCAAAACAUCAGUUCCUAGCAUUGUUUAUUCACAUGGCAUUUAUCUUUUUAUUAACAGGCCAAAAGGACUCAUUUUGGAUGAAGAUUAUUUUCUGUAGAACUUAACAUCACCUUUUCAAACAGGUAAGAGAUGUAUUCCAAAGAAUUUAACAAAUAUGGAAAAUUUGUUCAACAGAAGUUAGGCAAGGCUUGUUUUUUAACCGAGAGUAAAGUUAUUAAACCAACAUGACCAUGAAUUCUUUAAGGUUUCAAAGAUGUCCCAAAAGAGACCUCUGCCAGGACAAAAGCGAAACCUUUUAUUUUAUUUAAAGAAUAAUCCAAGUGAAAAAAGACAGACAAACACACUGACAGAACAGCCAGAACAACUGAUAGAAAUGACAGGACAGACAGAGGAGGAACGAACAGGACAGAGGAAGCAACAGGCAGAAAUGAUAGACGAACAUGCAGAAGAGCAACAUGAAGGACAGAUAGAAGCACAUGUAGAAGAGCAACAGACAGGACAAAUGGAACGAGCAACAUGUCAGAUGGAAGAAGACACAGAGGGACAGAUAGAAGACACAGAGGGACAGAUAGAUGAGACCCCCCCCAAUCCAACAGCAGGGCCAGAAGAGUCGUGAUCUGGCUGGAGCAGCAACAUAUAGAUCCAUUUUCAAACAGGAGUGGACCUCUUCAUGGCCAUUUAUUACCAGAGGGAGCCGCAACACGCACUACUGGUGUGCAGUCUGCCGUGUUGAAAAUUCAUGUUGCCACCAGGGUGUUGCAGAUGUAGUGCGCCACAUAAAAACCAAAGGCCACCAAGAAAAGCAAAAGGCACUACAGUCCACAGCCACAAUAUUUCAAUAUGCAAUGCCUGUUUCCUCUGUUGGGGGGAUGUCUGCACAAGAGGUUAAGGUAUGAUAUGUGUAAAGGUUCAGAAAAGAGUUUUGAGUUGUAGUUGAUCAUGGUAAUGUCAUGGUUGAUAGUUUUGACUAAUUUAAGGUUGUGUAUUUCAGUGUAGUAUAGUCCAGUUUUCUUAAUUUGAGAUCUUAGUUGCUGAAUGAGGUUUUUUUUUUUUACCUGUGCCCUAUUAUCGCAGGUGUCUAUUUGAAAUAAACUAUGGUCUUUUGGGAGGAUUAAUAAUUUAAUUUAUUACAGACAAGAAGGGCUGAGGUCAAAUUGACAGCUGGGUUGGUAGUUCACAACAUCCCCCUAGCCUUUGCAGACCACCUGGGGCCUCUCCUAAAAGAAUGUUUUGGAGACUCGAAGACAGCGCAGGAGUACAGGUGUGCCAGGACUAAGUCAUCGUGCAUUAUCAAUGAAGCACUCGCACCAUAUUUCACACAGGAGCUUGUGAAGGAGAUGAAAAAAUCCCCAUAUACCCUUGUUACUGAUGGGUCGAAUGACACUGGUAUUUCCCAAACUUGAGAUUUUUCUCGUUUGCAAAACAUUUGCUUUGUGUAUUCUUAAACAUCUAUCAACUUGAACAUCUGAUUGAUUAUAACUUGUCAUUAUUAUAGGAGUGGAAAAGAUGAACCCGCUUACUGUCCGGGUCUUUAUGGGCAGCAAAGUUGUUCACCAGUUUUUAAGUAUGUGCACAACAAGUGGGACAAGAAGUGGGACAGCAAGUGAGAUCUUCACCAAAAUUAACGGCACCUUAGAGGAACAUGGCAUCCCUUGGGAGAACUGCAUUGGUCUCUCAGUCGACAAUGCAGCUGUGAAUAUUGGACCACAUAAUUCCAUUGCCUCUAGGGUCCUCCAGAACCAUCCCAACACCUAUAUUCAUGGUUGUCCUUGUCACGUGGCACAUAACACUGCCAAAGCUGCAGGAGUGGGAUUUUUUAAAGUGUCCGGUUUUGAUUUGGAGGAUAUGGUAGUGGACAUCGGUUACUGGUUCAAGGGUAGUACAAAUCGGAAAGGAUACCUGACAGAGUUUUGUGAGCUCCAUGAAGCGGAGUACAUGGAGGUCCUCCUGCAUAUCUCGGUUCGUUGGCUAAGCCUUGAACGUUGUGUGACCAGGAUCCUGAGGCUGUAUGAACCUCUGGCCAGCUACUACAAAUCUGCUAAUGAAAAUCAGGCCAGGUUCAAGAGGCUUGCAAAGACAUUCACUGACCCCAUGACAGAAGUGUACCUGCUGUUCUUCCAAGCCACUGUACCAACUUUCACUUCUUUCAACUUGCUUCUUCAGAGAGAGCAGUCUUCAAUAUUUUUGUUACAUGAUGAGAUGGUGAAAUUCGUACGCAAGCUAUGUUCCAAGUUUAUGGUUCCAGCAGCGCUGCAGGGUCAUGAGGAGCCUUGUGAAAUUGCCUUUAAAGAGAAGGCAAACCAUUUACCAGGAAGAAAGUUGAACAUUGGGUUCACAACCAGGGCUAAACUUAACAGAUUACUCGACGAGGGUGACAUCACACCACAGCAGGUGGAUUCAUUCCAUGAAGCUGUGUUGUGUUUCCUGACAAGUGCUGUGGAUUAUGCACUUAAGAAGCUGCCACUGAAAGAGCCACUGAUCAAACAUGCCAAAUUCAUAGAUGUACGGCAGAGGGCUGCAAGUGACAUCGAAGAUGUACUGUACUUUGUUGAAAGGUUUCCCCAUCUCCUCCCAUACCAUGGACCAGAGGAGCAUGACCUUCUGGGUGAGGAGUUUCUAAAUUAUCAGACCAUGUCAAUAAUAUCCUUGCAAGACGAAACUGAAAUGGAAAGCUUCUGGGCUGAAAUGGCAAACCGGAAACAUAAGGUGACUGGAGCCAAAGAAUUUGAGAGGCUUGCUGCCGUGGCCAAGCUGGUCCUGGUGUUGCCCCAUGCAAACGCAGACGCUGAGAGGGUGUUUUCAGUUGUGGGACUGAACAAAACCAAAAGAAGAAACAGCCUAGCAUUGGAUGGCACCUUGUCAUCAAUAAUGACCAUAAAGAUGGCCAAUUUGGAGCCCUGCUUCAAAUGGGAGCCCCCCUCAGAUAUCAUCAAGGCCUCCAAGAAGGCCACAGGCCAGUAUAACCAUGCCCACAGAUCAUAG